AUGAAGGUAGGGGCUCGGGAAUUUCUGGCACCUGAAGUGAGAUUAUCCCUCACAGUAACAUCUCCAGAUGCAGCUUUUGUCCCAGAAUGGCACCUCAGGCCAAAAAACUUCCUCAAGUCAGCCUCUCUAGGCCCACCUACUGCCUCCUGGUGGCCUCUGAACACCCAAAUCCCUCUCAAGUUCACCUCUUCUGGCCCAGAUCCUGCCUCCCACUGGCCUUUAGAAACUCGGCCUCUGCCACAUGACGGCUUCUCCAGGCCCAACUCCCUCUGUAGAACCCAUCCAUUACUUCUCAAAGCCUUUUGGAAGCCUCUCUGGACACAGCUCACGCCUCUUGUGGCCUCUUCGGCCCAGAUGCUGUCUCCUGGCGUCCAGUCUGGGCCCAGCUCUACCUUCUGGCUACAUCGACAGGCCCACCUCUUGCCUCACAAAAAACUCUGUCGACUCAACUCCUGCCUAGCUCCUGGGGGCCUUUGUAGGCCCAAAAAAUCCUCAAGUCAAGGUCUCCAGGCCCACCCAGCUCAUAGCCCCAUGGCGGCCUCUCCAGGCCCAGCUCUUCCUCCUGGCCCAAGUCCUGCCUCACAACAGUCUUUUUUGUUUCAGCUACUGGCCAGCAGCUGGUGA